AUGGCGUCGCGGGCGUGGUCGCAUGAGCCCUCGUCCUCGCCUUCUUCGGCGAUGUUUCCCUCUUUUGCGUUUUUGCGCGCCGACGGUCGCCGCCCGGCGGAGCUGCGCGAGCUGCAUUUCUCGACGUGCGUGCCGUCGCAGCUUACUUCGCUCUCACACGUCGCGUCCUCCCCCGCGCGGCAAGCCUCCUCUUCGUCCGCGGCGGCCGCUUCGCAGAAGGAAGCGGGUGGCGCCGGCGACGCUGGCAGCAGCGCCUCGCCGUUUUUCUCCGCCCCGACUGGACAGCACGCAGACGGGCGGAGCCUCGUGUCUUUCGGCAGCACGAAAGUGGCGGCGUUUGUCUUCGGACCGCGGCCGCUCUCCUCUGGAGCGCACGCAGGGCGGAGCCGGCCCUUCACCUCUGCCGGCGGCGGGGGCUGGAGCGAGGGCGGCCUCCUCGACGACGGGCUCGACGGAGGCGGCGAGGGCGGGCUGCUCGGCGCAGGCGCGGCCGGCGGAAGCGAGAAAGCUUCCAUUCUGUGCCGCGUCGGGAUCGCUGCCUUCAGUGGAGACUGGCGGGCCGACGUGGCGCGGACUGGCGGGGCUGCCGAAGAGCACGAAGUCGCUCUCAGCGUGCGCAAAGUCGUCGAAGGCGUCGUCAUGGCCGACGCCUACCCGCGCUCGCUGAUCUGCCUCUUCGUGCAUGUCGUCGAGAACGAUGGAGGAAUUCUGGCUGCCUCCAUCUGCGCUGCCAGUCUCGCCCUCAUCGACGCAGGUAUUGCGACGAAGGACUUCGUGGCCGCCAUGUCGUGUGUUUACAUGCCCCGACAGUUAACUCCUCUGCUGGAUCCGCCGCGCGCAGAGCUACAGACCGGAGCUCCGACGCUGACUGUGGCGAUGCUGAUUUCCUCAGAAGAAGUGUCUCUCCUCCAACUCGACGGUCAGGUUCCCAUGGAUGUCUUCGAACAGAUGUAUCAGGCGUGCGCAGCCGGGUGCCGAGAAGUCGGGGAAGCGAUGAAGGCAACGGUGUGCGAAGCGGCGGCACUUCGGGUUCGCUUCGGUGACCGUGUCCUUAAGUGA